CAAACAGUAUUAGUCACUGCUCUAAGUUUGAACUCUAAACAAGUUUGAAUUGACUUAACUUACAAGUAAAUCGGAGAAUGGCAUCCCAAAAAAGUAAUAAACCUGUUUUCUACUUUUCGAGUAUGUCUUCUCCCAUUCUAUGUUACAACGAAGAGAGUAUAUUAAUAACGCAAGACAUUCUGUACCCCCAUCCCUCGUUGGACAUCUGAAGGUGAAAAAUAAAAGAAGACUUCUUGUCUGCGUCUGCCGGGAGUCGAACCCGGGUCUAUUGCUUGGAAGGCAAUUAUCCUAACCGUUGGACUACAAACGCCCACAGGGUGACACCUCUGAUUGGCGAAUAUUUGUCUAUCUUAUUUACAAACUCAGAUAAAUUGGUUUCAAUCUUUUGAUUUCUUGAAGGAGAUGGAACGUUGUUUUCUCUCUGUUUUUCUUUUACGGUUAGUGGGAAGUUUUCUUUCUUUUCUAUAACAUUAAUUUUCUUGCAUGGUUAAUUGUCACUUGGAAAGCAACUGCAACACUUGGAAGAAUGAAUUUCAUUCAAAGAAUCAAAGUGACUGGAGGACAAAACAUGGGAAAUGAAACAGUAAAGGGUUUAUGAGUAGGAAUCAGAGGUGAUCAAGAUUCCAAAAUGAGGCUACACAAUAGAAGACAGAUUUUGUAACAAUGCUGGGUUGGUAAUGAGUACCUGACAAAUUUACAUCAUCCUCGUAAAAUACAUUAUUAUUCCCUUGCACCAAACAUAAAGUAUAUGCGUCUUUAUAAAACAUUGCAUUGCAUGAUCCACCAUGUGAACGACCAGACGGAACACAGCCAUCCAUUUUCAAAUAAUUCUAUAACUACAGCUCCCUAUUUUUUGACUGAUUAAAUUAAACUACACCUAUAGCAAUAUCAUUAUUUGCCAUCCCACAUUCUCAAGUACUUCUACAACUCCUGCAUUUUAGACAUAUAAUAAUAAUCUAGAAGACUGCUUGUUUUUCUAGUUGGCAGCAUCAUGUGCAGCAAUAUCUUUAGUUAUAUAGGAUCGUGGAGAGAGAUUUCUUGUUUGUAUCUAAGAAAGUGCCAACUUUUGAUCAUGUUAUCCUUCACAAGACUUUUGAGUAAUAUGUUCAUUUUCUUUACAUAAGAGACAACCGGCAUGAAUAUUGUAAAACAUGUUGUUCCCUUUCACCAAACAUGGUGAAAACAAUGAUAGAUAGCUCAUUGCAUAAAGUAGCAUGGUAACUUAGAGGUAAUGAAGCAGAUGUAACUCCCAAAUUUUGACGGAUUAAACCAUCAACCUUCGGUAUAUUUUUAUGGCCUACUUUGUUUUAUUCAAUGGACAGUGGACACUAGAAACCUUGGAAGUACAGUAACAAAGUUUUGAGCUCAUGAUAAGAUGAAAUAAUUUGAUGGCUUCUUUAUUGGCACAUAAUUUGUAGCAUAUGCCGCAUUGUGCAUUAAAGUAUUAUCUAAACGAGACAAGCACAGCGCAGAGAGAGAGAGAGAGAGAGAGAGUUCAUAUACUGGAGAAACCACCAAUAUAUGUGAAUAACUCAAUCCUACAAAUGAUUCAAUGCUAUGAAAUUUCUCUCUUAUGUGCUAGAUCUUUAGAAAGAAACUAGCAUUGCCAGAUGUGUUCAAUGAGUUUGCUUGCUUCUAAGCCUUGUAUCAAGGUUAGCACUGGCAAAUUCCCAUCUCGAAACUCGAUAAUUAUAAGAUCUGAAGUGGCUAUGGCUCCCCAGCACAGCAGCACACUCACUUUUCCUGCGUUGUCAAAGUAUGACAUUCCUCUUGUUGAUUUAUAUGUGCAGGAAAUUGUAGAAAGGCAGUCGCAGAAGAACAACUUAGCCAGGGAAGAUCCAUGUAAGAAGCCACGGUUCCACCCUAUGUUUCUUGAAGAAGCAUAUGAAAGGUGCAGGAACAUUUGUGCAGAAUAUGCCAAGACCUUCUAUCUAGGAACUUUGCUAAUGACCGAGGAGAGACAGAAAGCCAUAUGGGCUAUAUAUGUCUGGUGCAGGAGAACAGAUGAACUCGUCGAUGGCCCUAAUGCUGGUUAUCUGAGCUCUGUUUCUCUUGAUAGGUGGGAGGAGAGACUGCUAGACAUUUUUAGUGGACGCCCUUAUGACGCGCUAACUGAUACAGUUUUCAAGUUCCCUUUAGACAUUAAGCCAUUCAGGUACAUGAUUGAAGGAAUGAGAAUGGAUACAAGGAAAUGUUGCUAUGAGAACUUUCAAGAACUCUACCUUUACUGCUACUAUGUGGCUGGAACUGUGGGUUUAAUGAGUGUUCCUGUGAUGGGAAUUGCACCAGAAUCUCUGGUUUCUGCUCAAAAUAUAUACAAUGCAGCACUCUACUUGGGUAUAGGAAAUCAACUUACUAACAUCCUCAGAGAUGUAGGAGAGGAUGCUUUAAGAGGGAGAAUUUAUCUUCCCCAAGAUGAGCUUGCACAGUUCGGACCAUGCAACAAAGAUAUUUUCUCAAGGAAGGUCACUGAUAGGUGGAGAGAGUUCAUGAAAGAGCAGAUUACAAGAGCAAGGUUCUACUUCAAACUGGCAGAGGUGGGGGCUUCUCAGCUUGACAAGGCUAGCCGCUGGCCAGUGUGGUCAUCCUUACUAUUGUAUAGAAUGAUACUGGAUGCAAUUGAGGGCAACGAUUAUGAUAAUCUGACAAAGCGAGCCUACGUUGGGAGGACUAAGAAACUUCUCAUGUUGCCUGUAGCAUACACUAGAUCUCUAUCCACCUCAAUCUCGAUCCUUCGCUAACAAGGCUUUGUGUAAUAGGAGUGAUAUCAUGUGGGUGUACUUUAACAACAAUGUUAUUGGAGCUUAACCAUGAUCACCUUUGUGAAACUCCUAAAUUUUUAUAUGACUAGUUUCUCAAUUAUUUUGGGAAGCUGUCUUCUUGUAGCUUACCAGUUUCCCAACAUCUGAUCAAAAGCCAAUCGCAUAUCAGUUCCAUAUUACAUGCCUAAGGGCUCAUAGAUCUUUCUUUUCUUUUUCUUUCUUUUUUAGGCAAAAUAUAUUUAAAACUUGGG